AUGUUGCGAGUCGGAUCAUGGCUGUAUGGCAAGAAGCCGACACAGUCGGUGGAUUCCAUGGUCGAAAUAAAAGACUUGGUGGAGGCGAUGCAAGCGGCGACACUCAUUCUCAAUGACGAUGUUGACGGCGCCGAAGCCAAUCUCGCUACAGGGUCCUCUACUUUCCACCUGCUGGGCAAAGCCUCCGAACGACUCGGCGAAGCGGAAACUAGCGCGGGCAGCGACCAGACUCGGGCGCAACAGAACGUCAAUGCCCCCAAUGCCUUCCACUCCCAUAUAUAUGCUCCUGGCUCGGAAUAUGCGCUUUGCCAGGCAAUCGCCCAAUUGAUGAGUGCCGUUGUGGGGGUACUGAACGAAAGCCUAACAGAAAGUAUCAAAGCUUUCUAUAGACUUCGAAAGGCUUAUAUAACGUUAGACGCCAUUAUGAAGAUGGAAGAAAAGUUCAUGGAAUCACAAGAUCCGAAGAAGGUGCUACUUCCCACCACCAGCGACCUCUCGAAGUCGAGUGCCGAAUGUCCGGACAACAAGUCAGACUCGUCGAGCCAGACCUCGAAGGAAGACGGCAAAGUGGCUACAGCUGAAAGCGCAGAGCUCAGCCGAUCAUUAAGCGGGUUGGCCGUAUCUCUUGAAACAUCAUCUCCCGGUGCCUCGACAGGCACUUUAACACCUUCCGCAAAGCACAUCCAUCACGACCCCGACUCGGAUAUUUUCAAGAACCAAAUCGAUAUUUUUGUGCACUCCGGCGCCAAUUUCUGCUUCGGUAUUCUUCUCCUACUAAUCUCCAUGGUCCCACCAGCAUUCAGCAAGUUACUUUCCAUUAUCGGUUUCCACGGCGACAAGCAACGAGGACUGAGGAUGCUCUGGCAAGCCAGCAAGUUCCACAACUUGAUUGGCGGUAUGGCUGCCUUGGCAUUGCUUGGCUAUUACAAUGGCUUCGUUCGCUACUGUGAUAUCAUGCCCGAUCCGACUCCUGGUGAGACCGAUGUUGAGGGAUACCCGCAGGAGAGACUCGCUGCUUUGCUGGCCGAGAUGCGGUCCCGAUUCCCUAACAGUCAGCUGUGGCUGCUGGAAGAAUCGCGUAUGAAGGGAGCGAAUAAGGACCUGGAAGGUGCUCUUGAGCUCUUGAGCACGAACGCCAAGAGCCCGCUCAAGCAGGUUGAAGCAUUGUGCGUGUUCGAGAAGAGUUUGAAUGCAUUGUUCCUCCACCGAUACGACGUCUGUGCCGAGGCAUUUAUUGAGUGCGUGGACCUCAACUCCUGGUCCCGAUCCCUAUAUUACUACAUCGCCGGAUCAUGCCAUGUAGCCCUAUACCGACAAAACCUGUCCGAUCCCAAGCUGGCAGAAGAACACGCCAAGAAAGCCGCCCUAUACAUCCGCGAAGCACCAGCGCACGCGGGCAAAAAGCGCUUCAUGGCCCGCCAACUCCCAUUUGACAUCUUCGUAACCCGCAAAAUUGCCAAGUGGGAAGCACGUGCCAAAGAGUGGGACGUUCCCCUGGUGGAUGCCAUCGGCGUGGAUCCCAUCGAAGAAAUGAUCUUCUUCUGGAACGGCCACAGCCGCAUGACCGAUGCGCAGCUUGAGGAAUCCCUCACCCGACUAGCCUGGUGUGAAAGCGACACCAACAAGACCUGGUCUCGGGAAGGCACAGAAGAAAAAGCCAUCCUGGAACUUCUCCGCGCGGCUGUUUUGCGCUCACUGUGCAAAUAUGACGAGGCGAAGAAGAUCCUGCAGACCCGCGUGUUGAAUCACGAUAAGUCCCUGUUCAAGGGCCACCUGAAGGACGACUGGGUGCACCCUGUUGCGCACUUCGAGAUGGCGGCGAACUUCUGGAUGGAGCGUUCCACGUACCAGACGCUUCAUGGGUUGUCUCACUCUACCCCUGCCGUUGAAUCUGACAAGACCUCCACCAACUCUGGGAAUAGUACCCAAAUCGAUACUGAGAGACAGAAGGUACGCAAGUGUAAGGAGUAUCUUGACCAUGCUGCCCGGUGGGAAAGCUAUGAAUUGGAUGCUCGCAUUGGUCUCAAGGUUACCGCUGCUAUGGAGGCAGUUCACAAAUGGGAGAGCGUGCAUCCGUCCGCUUAG